GAAUAAUACUGCAUGAGGUCAUGCGGUGAUCACGAUUUUUUAAGCAGUCUGAUCACUCUUUUCCUUGAUUUUCUGCGGUUGAACUUGAAUCAAACACUGGAGUAGUUAUCAUACCUUUACAAACAUGAUGAAUUUGUGCAAUCUAGCAACUAAAAACACAGCAUUGCACCGGAAAAUCAGCAAUAUUCUUCUCUCAUGUCGAAAUGGUGCCGACAGAAAAGUUAGCACAACAUCAAAGUCGGCUGCAAUAUUCGACAGAUUCAAGAGCAAAUCUUCCAAUCCAAAAGACUUUGGAAAAUAUAGCAUUGUUAAACCUGGCAAUGUUUCGCCUCAGCUGAUUGUGCCUGACCACAUUUUAAAACCUCCUUACGCAGAGACAGCGCAACCUCCACCUCCACCAAAAGAGAUUGAAAUCCAUGAUGAAGAUUCAAUUUUAAGUAUCUACUCUGCGUGCAAACUGGCCAAGCGAGUACUGCAUUGGAUCGGUACAAAACUUGAGGUUGGAAUGACUACUGAUGAAAUCGACAAGUUAGUCCACAAUAAAAUACUUGCCAACAACGCCUACCCUUCUCCAUUGAAUUAUUUGGGGUUUCCCAAGUCAGUCUGCACAUCUAUCAACAAUGUUGCCUGUCAUGGGAUUCCAGACGACAGACCACUUGAGGAUGGGGAUAUCAUCAACAUUGAUAUCACUGUUUAUUUUGACGGGCAUCAUGGUGACUGCUCAGAAACAUUUUUAAUUGGAAAUGUUGAUGAGAAGGGAAGGGAACUUGUCGCAAUUGCUAGGAAAUGUUUGGACGAGGCAAUUGAUGGGUGCCAACAUUAUGAAACCUUCUCCAAUAUAGGUAACAUCAUCGAAAAUAUUGCCAAGAGCAAUGGCUAUGAUGUAGUGCCAGCAUUUGCUGGCCAUGGAAUCGGGAAGUACUUUCACGGACCCCCAGAUAUUUUGCACUGCCGAAAUAAUUACUCUGGAUGUAUGAAAACUGGCAUGAUCUUCACAAUAGAGCCAAUAAUAACUCCAGGUUCGCGGGAAGUUGAAAUCCAGGAAGAUGGUUGGACUGCCAUAAUGGUAGACAACGCAAGAACAGCCCAGUUUGAAGAAACGAUAUUAGUGACGCCAGCAGGUGCCAAAAUCCUAACCAGUUUGGAAUAAAGCCUGUCAAGGGUAAAUGUUGGAAAUAAUACUUGAGUCAAUUAUUUUGAAGAUUUUUAAUUUUGUAAAAUUGCUUGUCAUUUUUCACUUUUUUCCAACUUAAUCUCUUAUUUACAACUCUUAACUUGAGAAGUCCUCUCGUUUCCUGAGAUUUUGCAUGCAUUCACGUGGAUAAAAAACCGAGUAAGUUUUCAGUUCCAAAAUAAGUCCUUGCUUUGGUGUGCAUGCAAAUGCUCAAUGAUUGUGAGGUAUAAAAAUACAAAUGUACACACAAUUACACUAUACACAGGAGAUCUGCUUGUGCAGUGUUUUAAAUGCUUGAGCACAACUACUUCUAGUUUCCUUUAAGGGGAGGAUGGUGGUCCGUUAGUGGUUGACGUCGUCACGCCAGUAGCGGUUGCUGCCGUUGACGAGGUCACAGACUCCAGCUCCACUCGGUACCUGUUGUACGGGAUGUAUGGUGAUUUUGACAAGUCGUUGUCUGUGAGGAUUCGCGUCCUGUUUGGCAUCAUGUUGUCCCCGAGGCCCAUCAGCCAGUCUGUGGUCGACUUCUGCUGGUCCUCGCUGACGUGCACUGAUGCCCACUUUUGGUGCCAAUCUCUGAACUUCCUUAAGAGCCUUAUUGUUACCCUUGGAUGAGCCUGCGGAAAAUAUACCAAUAAUUAAUUUUUUUAAUCCAUUUUCAAUAUCCAAAAUUUAACUAGCCCCUGCCCUCCUGCAUAAUAUACUGAGUGAGAUUUGAUGAAUUUUUAAGUUUUCACAAAAAUGUAUAUCAAGUGGCAAAGGAUCCUACCUCUUUGGCGUUGAGAAGGGCAUUCUUUUUAAAUAGUAGCGCAUCCUUAUCCAUGAAGAACACUCUACUGUAAGUGAUAGGAUUAAAUCUGCAUUCAUUGCUAUCGAUGCUUCCGGAUUGCGGGGAGUCGGCUCUAACUUUGCUGCCAUCUUUCUUCUUUUCAUCAUCACUGCAACAAUUUGAAUAUUGGUUAGUCUCUUGUCACACUUGCAACAGUUCAGAAAUCACGUACCUUUUGGAGUCAGCAUCUUUUUGCUCGUUGGAGCUGGACGGGGAGUCAUUGCCACUUGUGCUUGCAGCUGUGCUGCUUCUUUCUUGAUUAUGGAAUCGCUUACUUCGAUCAAUGUAUCCCCUUACACAUCUAGGCAAGAAGACCGGCUUGCGGGACAAACGUUCCUUCAUUUCGUCUGGUAUGCUGUCCAUUUCACCAACAUACUUUUCGACGUACUCUUCUCGUUUUUCAGCCUCUGCAGGUGCCUCCUGCUCUUCUCCAUCGGUGUCAAGUAAUUCAACUGUCAUUCGACAAUCAUUCUUAUA